ACUUUCAAUUUGUAUUGUUAUCAAAUGUUUUUGUCCUACAAUUAGAUUCCAAUAAGAAUUCGCUUCCUUGUAGAAAUCAUGAUAUAUUCCCACAGUGUGAAAUCAAACUCUUUGGUGCUCAAAUAAUUUUAUUAUUGUGAUAAAAAACUGAUAACACUGGAAAUAAAAUGUCAAUAACAUUGCAGUGACGUUUCGCAUUCGGAAAAAUCGUAUUUCGAAUCUACCUUACUUUAAUAAAAUGGAACAUUUAAGUUGUGAACCCGUGGUGAAAUAAUGAAAUAACACUAAUUAUUUGUUCAAGUAAUAAAGCAUUAAAUAAAAAAUAUCAAAAUGACUACGAAGGAGUUGUAUACGAAGGGUGCCCGGAUAUGGGUGGAACACCCAGAGAAGGUAUGGGAGAGUGCCACAGUGACAUCCGACUACCGAUCCGGUGUGCUCAUCGUCAAGAUAGACCAGUCCGGGGAGAUCAGACAGAUAAAGAUCAAAGAUGAGGGCAAGAUGCCUCCCCUCCGGAACCCUUCGCUCCUGAUCGGGCAGAAUGACCUCACGUCAUUGUCUUACCUCCACGAGCCUGCUGUUCUUCAUAACCUUAGAGUUAGAUUCUGCGAUCGCAACGCCAUCUACACGUACUGUGGGAUUGUUUUAGUCGCCAUCAAUCCUUACUAUGAUUUGCCUAUAUAUGGUGAUGAAACAAUAAUGGCUUACCGCGGUCAAUCCAUGGGUGAUCUAGACCCGCAUAUAUUCGCCGUGUCAGAGGAGGCAUACACCAAGCUAGAGCGAGAGAGAAGGGAUCAGAGUAUCAUUGUGAGCGGAGAAUCCGGCGCCGGAAAGACAGUAUCAGCUAAGUACGCGAUGCGUUACUUCGCGGCGGUCGGCGGCAACGCCAGCGAGACGCAGGUCGAGAGGAAGGUGCUGGCCUCCAGCCCUAUUAGGGAGGCCAUAGGAAACGCGAAAACAACCCGAAACGACAAUUCAUCCCGUUUCGGCAAAUUCAUAGAGAUACACUUUGACAACGUAUACCGGAUAUCCGGGGCUAGUAUGCGAACCUAUUUGUUGGAGAAGUCCAGAGUGGUCUACCAGAGUGCAGGAGAGAGGAAUUAUCAUAUAUUCUAUCAGUUAUGUUCUGCUGCUAGGCAUAUGCCUGAAUUACAACUUGAUCAUCAGGACUCGUUCCACUAUUUGAACCAGGGCGGCAGUCCAAAUAUAGACGGGGUUGAUGAUCUAAGGACUUUUAAUGAGACGAGAAGCGCUCUCACCACGUUAGGAGUAACAGAAACCGAGCAGCAAGACAUGUUUAUAAUCCUAUCCACUAUCCUGCACCUGGGUAAUGUAGAGCUCAGUGCUUGUGACCCGGACGCUCCCACGGCUGAUGCCGACGACGGCGCUUACAUUAGUUCUAACGACAAGCAUCUAUCCAUCGUAUGCUCUCUGCUGGGGAUAUCGAAAGCUGAGCUAUCCCGCUGGCUCACGCAUAGAAGAAUAGCAUCUGCACAUGAGGUAAUAGUAUCUCGCAUGGACGUACAGAGAGCAUCGUUCGCUCGCGACGCUCUCGCCAAGCGUAUGUACGGAGAAUUAUUCGCGUGGCUCGUGCUAGCUGUCAACAGGGCGUUAGACACCGGACACGCUAAGAAACACUUUAUCGGUGUCCUAGAUAUCUACGGUUUCGAGACCUUUGAAAUAAACUCCUUCGAGCAGUUCUGCAUAAACUACGCGAACGAGAAAUUACAACAGCAGUUUAAUUCGCACGUGUUUAAGCUAGAGCAGGACGAGUAUAUCAAGGAGGAAAUAUCGUGGGAGAUGAUAGAGUUCUACGACAAUCAGCCAUGCAUAGACCUGAUAGAGGACCGGCUGGGCGUGCUGGCGUUGUUGGACGAGCAGUGCCGGGUGCCGCAGGGCAGUGAUGCGGGCUUUGUCGCUAAACUGCAUCAGUCCUGCGCUAGGUAUGCGCAUUUCAUGAAGCCUAGGUUUGGCAAUGCUGCGUUCAUCAUAAAACACUUCGCCGAUAACGUAGAGUACCAAUCCGGCGGUUUCCUAGAAAAGAACAGAGAUACAGUCUCUGAAGAACAACUGGAAUGCAUCAAGUCUGCAACGAGUUGUCGACUCAUACAUACCAUGUUUACGGAAAACGCGGGGGAGUUGAGUUCCUCCUCGAAUACGUUACCCCCACCGUCUAAAAGGAGGACUACCCCGUCUGUGCCGCUGACGAGCUUGACUCAACCGCCCCGGCGUACAUCAGGCCAGAAACAGACAGUCGGCUCACAAUUCCGUCAGUCGCUGUCGGCGCUGAUGUCGACGCUGUCGGCCACCACGCCGCACUACGUGCGCUGCAUCAAGCCUAACGACACCAAGGAGCCCUUCAGCUUCGACAGCGCCAGGGCCGUCAACCAGCUCAGAGCUUGUGGAGUGUUGGAGACUAUCAGAAUAUCGGCAGCUGGCUUCCCGUCUAGAUGGCUUUAUCAAGAUUUCUUCAAUAGAUACCGUCUCCUCUGCCUCCACAAGGAGAUAGACCGCGGCAACAUCAAGGCAACAUGUGGGCGCAUCCUCGCGCGACACGUCAGAGACCCCGACAAGUACCAGUUCGGAGCCACCAAGAUAUUCUUCAGAGCUGGACAGGUGGCGUACUUAGAAAAGAUCCGUGCUGACAUACAGCGCGACUACUGCGUGAGGGUACAGAGCUGCGUGCGACGCUUCAUAGCAAGACGCAAGUAUCUGCGGCUAGUGGCCGCCAUCGGGGGGCUGCAGGCGCGGGCGAGGGGCUACUUGGCGAGGAGACGCGCCCAAGAAAUCCGUCGUAAGAGAGCGGCUACUAAAAUACAGCGGAACGUCCGAGGAUGGCUCGCGAGACUCAAGUACCAGAGGUUACGGCGUCUGGCCAUUGGGUUACAAGCACAUGCUAGGGGUUACAUGGCCAGAAACCUCUAUAGAGACCGCAGGAAGGUUAGAGCGGUCAUCACAAUACAGAGGUACGCUCGCGGCUACCUCGCUCGCAAACGUGCGCAGAAGAUCCGUCGACAGAUCGUCAUUGCACAGGCUUCUAUUCGCCGCUUCCUCGCCCGUCGCCAAUACAAGCGUCUCCGCAUAGAAGCUCGCAGCAUCGACCACGUCAAGUCUCUCAACAAAGGACUUGAGAAUAAGAUCAUCAGUCUACAACAGAAGUUGGGCGACGCGCUCGAGAAGAAUAAGAGUAUUGAGCCUCUGUUAGCGCAGAUUGUCGACUUAAAAGCCAAACUAGAAAUCUUAAAACUCGUAGAAAUAGAAGCAAAAACUCUCAGAACGGACCUUUUCGACAAGAACAACCAGAUCUCUACUCUCCAAGAGGAGUUAGAGAGAGAGAAAGAGAGUAACAAACAGUUGAAACAUGAGAAGAAGUUAAUAGAAGAGCAGUAUGAGUUGAAUAGAGCUUCGUGGGAAGAAGAGAGUGAGAAAUUAGCGAACGAGUUGAAGAGUAAUAAGGAGCAUUUUGAGUUGGCGAUUGAAGAACGCGACAAACAGCAUGAACAAGAGAAGAAAGCGUUGAAUGCAGAGCUAGAAGCAGAGCGACAGAGUCGACAGAAGUUAUUGUCCGCGCAGUAUGAGCUGCAAGAGAGAAUCGACUCUUUGCAGAGCAAACCAGCGCCUAAAGAACACAGGAGAUCGCUGUCGGACGCGAGCAAUAAUUCUCAACAAGAAACUACCGUUGAAGACGAUUAUGGCUACGGUUCAGUCAGAUCGGUGGAGAGCUCUCGGCCGGCACUCGAGGCCGUCAACUGGUCCGCCGGCACGCACAACGGACCUACACAACCGUCAGCGGACGCGGGGCUGGUGCUACGUAUGCGUAACAGAAUAUCGGCGUUACAGAGCGAACUGUCCCGCACCACCAAGCGAGCCGCCGACCUCGAGGAGAGGAUUAUGAACCGCCACUCGUCAGCGCCAACGAACCCCAACAUAGAUCGCUACAAACUCGAGGAACUAGAAAUAGAGAACAAGAAACUUCGAGAACAUUUAGACAGGCUGAGAGCUGCCGGAGACACCGUGCUGGUCUCCAAGGAAGUCAUAGAACAAAUGAACAUAAUGCAGAAAGAACUGGACAGGAGGCGAGAUGAAUGCAUACAACUCAAGAGUGUAUUAACCAACCAGACGGUGAAUCUAAAGUCGCUUGCCACAUCAAACUACGGGUCUGACGUCGAUAUUAUAAAUGAAGAUGGAGAGUUGGCAACUGCUUAUGAAGCUCAGAAGGGUAUUAACAGGCAGCUACAAGAAGAGCUAUUGGCAGAGAAGAAGUUCUACUCAGAACACAUAUCGAAGUCAAAAACAGAGAUAGAGAAACUAAGAGAAGAAAAUGAGAAGUAUCAGAAGUUACUCAGUGCUGAUUUGAGCGCUGAACCCAAGAAUAAGACUCAGGAAUUCGCACAGAAUGAAAUCAUUCGAUUGGCAGCUGAAAGUUUGGCGUUACAGGAACGUGUCGACAAGUUAUCAGAAAGUUGUCGCCGCUACAAGAAUCAGAUUCGACUGCUAGUCAACAAGCUCAAAGAAGUCGGUAUUGAAGACGUCAACGAUAUACUUGAUAAUACUGACCCAGUGGCGCCACCAAACGCGUCGAUGACGCUAGAGAUGGCGCCGGUAACGCGUAAGAAGGAGCGCGAGUACCUCGGCAUGUUCGAGUACAAGAUACAGGACGAGGCCGUCAUUAUCAAGAAACUUAUCUCUGACUUAAAGCCCAAAACGGCAGUGACGCUGCUCCCCGGGCUGCCCGCGUACAUACUGUUCAUGAUGCUGCGACACAUGGACCACGUGGACGACGAGCCUAAGAUGCAUCAGCUCAUGAAAGCCGUCAGAACUGCUGUUAAGAAGACCUUGAAGAAACGAGGGGAGAGCGUCGAGUAUAAUGCUUUGUGGUUGGCUAAUAUGUUAAGACUACUGAACAACCUACGCCAAUACAGCGGCGACACCAUCUACCAGACAGCCAACACUCCUCGUCAGAACCAGCAGUGUCUGCGCAUCUUCGACCUGUCCGAGUACCGGCAGGUGCUGAGCGACAUCGCCGUCUGGAUAUACCAGGGUUUAAUCCACCUCCUAGAACGUCAACUAGAGCGCCUCAUAGUGCCCGCCAUCCUCGAACACGAGGAGAUCAGCGGCCUCUCAGGGCCCAGCGCCCGCCCCGCCCCGCCCGGCGCGGGCCCCGCGCGGCUCAAGCACGAGCUGUCGGCCACGCACGACCAUCUGCAUACCUUCGCCGUUGACCAACCGCUCCGGCUCACUAUAUUUAAGCAGCUAUUCUACUACAUCUGCGCGUACAGUUUGAACCAGCUACUUCUACGCAAAGACCUGUGCUGCUGGGCUAAAGGCUUGCAGAUCAGGUACAACAUCUCACAUCUCGAGACCUGGAUAAAGGAGCAUCUCGCUGAAUAUGGCCAGAAGAGCGUGGAAGAGAUCCUGGGUGUUCUGAAGCCGAUCACGCAAGCGGUGCAGCUACUGCAAGCUCGCAAGUCCAUGCAGGACGUGCAGAGCACCGUCGACAUGUGUGCUAACCUUAACGCCAUGCAAGUUUGUAAGAUCCUGAACAUGUAUACUCCCGCUGAAGAGUACGAGGUGAAGGUGACCCGCGAGUUCAUCCACGAGAUACAGAAGAAAAUGCAGGAGAAGGCUGGCACCAACCCUGAUAAGGAACCACAAAACCUACUAAUGGACUCAAAGAUGAUAUUCUCGGUGCAAUUCCCCUUCAAUCCAUCGUCAAUACGUCUGGAAGCCAUAGAGUUACCAGAAGUACUAGAACUGGAAGGUCUACUCACCAAAAUAUAAGAAGACCGAGAAGACCAGGUGAAAAUACCGACGGAAUAAGGUGAACAAACAAGCCUGUAGCUGUUUUUUAUUUUUUUACGGCUGGUCUACUGUAAUAUAUUGAGUAGACCGAGUAGACCAUACAAGGAUUUAGGUUGAAUCAUCGACAAUUUAUUCUGUUUGUAGCUGGAAUGUGAAAUAGAGUUAAUACACCGAAAAUACCGUAGAAUAAGAAGGUAUGUUCAAAACUAUAGGUAUUAUUUUGUAAAGAACCAAUAAUAAUCGUGGUCUUUCGUUGAAAAGACCAAGUCGACAGAAAAGACCGUAGGAAUAAUAAAGUUAUAAGUUUUAAACACAAUAGUUGUUAUGUUUUUGUAAAUGGAAAAGACGGUCUAUUUAAUACAAGAAGUAGUUGAAAUAGCUCUAGGAUAUUAGCCUAACAUUUUUGUAUAAUUUUGCUCAUAUAGUUUCAUGUCUGUUAGAUUUUAAAGGUAAUCUGAAUCAAACAAUCAAAAUAACUGCAUAAUUAUUUAAAAAAAAACUUGAUUUGUGAUAAAAAAUUUCGAAAAUAUUCUACUUUAUAAAAUCUAAAUGGACAAUACAUACUAAAAUAUACUUUUUACAUCUUGCCUUUAUCUUCAAAUAACUCAUAUUUUCGUUUCUCGGUUAUUGCCAUACAAAAUAAUCGGUUAAUAUGGUGCCAUUAUUAUUUAUUAUAUUAUAUAAAUCGGCUUAUAAACAAUAUAUUACUAAUUAAUAUUUAUUUUUUCACACUUAACAUUGUCUGUCAUUGAACAUCUUUGGCAGUCGUCACGGUUAGUCAG